GUGGCCGUUUUAUGCCGGAACAGCUUUUCUUUCGUUAUUCCCUUUCGUGAUUCCCUUUCCCUCCAUUCGUUGUGAUACAGGACUACAGAGUACAGAGGGAGGGAAGCCAUGGCGGGAAGCGCUAGAACUUUAGCGAUUGUGGCCUGGAUGAUGAUGGCCUUGGUUAUCGGAUCCAUCUCCGCCGUCGACGCGGGAAGGGAAGAGAGAUAUCUGAGUGGUCUCAGCAUUGAACAGCACGAGGCGGAAAGAGAGAGAAUGCAAAAGAUGAGACCCAACAUGACUGUGAUCAAUCCGGUGGCAGAGGACCCAGAUGCCAUAGCAGAGAUGGUUUCUAUGAGCAUCAGGAACAGCUCGGCGAGGAGGGAGCUGGGUUACCUUUCCUGCGGAACCGGUAACCCCAUCGACGACUGCUGGCGGUGCGACCCCAAUUGGUCCAGCAACCGCAAGCGGCUCGCCGACUGCGGUAUCGGGUUCGGGCGCAACGCCGUUGGCGGCCGCGAUGGACGCUACUACGUGGUGACCGACUCUUCGGACGACGACCCGGUGAACCCCCGGCCGGGGACCCUCCGUCACGCCGUCGUCCAGGACGAGCCCCUUUGGAUCGUAUUCAAGAGCGACAUGGUCAUCGUCCUCAAGGAGGAGCUAAUCAUGAACAGCUUCAAAACCAUUGACGGCCGUGGUGCCAACGUUCAUAUCGCCAAUGGCGCAUGCAUCACCAUCCAGUAUGUCACCAACAUCAUCGUCCAUGGCAUACACAUCCAUGACUGCAAGCCUACUGGCAAUGCCAUGGUCCGGAGCUCGCCUAGCCACUACGGGUGGAGGAGAAUGGCAGACGGUGACGGGGUCUCGAUAUUCGGGGCCAGCCACAUCUGGGUCGAUCACUGCUCGCUGUCCAACUGCGCCGAUGGGCUCAUCGACGCUGUCAUGGCCUCGACCGCCAUCACCAUCUCCAAUAAUUACUUUACCCACCAUAAUGAGGUGAUGCUGUUGGGGCACAGUGACUCUUACGAGAAGGAUAAGGAAAUGCAGGUGACCAUCGCUUUCAACCAUUUCGGAGAGGGCCUCAUUCAGAGAAUGCCCAGGUGCAGGCAUGGGUACUUCCACGUUGUGAACAACGACUACACCCACUGGGAGAUGUACGCCAUAGGAGGAAGCGCAGCUCCCACCAUUAACAGCCAGAGCAACAGAUACCUUGCUCCUGUUGACCCCUUCGCGAAGGAGGUGACGAAGAGGGUGAACACGGCCUCAGACGUGUGGAAAAGCUGGAACUGGAGGUCCGAAGGCGAUAUGUUGUUGAACGGAGCCUACUUCACCCCGUCGGGCGUGGGCGCGGCCUCCAGUUACGCGAGGGCGUCGAGCCUCAGCGCCAAGUCCUCGUCGCUUGUCGGUACCAUCACGGCCGAGGCAGGGGCUCUCAGCUGCCGGCAGGCAUCAUCCACCUGCUGAUCCACCCUGACGCCAUCAUCCCCAUCGCCCACCAGCUGCGUUUCCGUUCCCCUUCUUUACACAUGCUCUUUUCAUUUAUUAGUUUCCAGAAAAGAGAGAAGGAAAAAGGGGAAAUUUAAAAAAAAAAAAAAAGAGUCCAAUCAGACGGUGUACAGUAUCCUUGUGAUUUGUCAGAGUCCCUACAAUUUAUCUUCAUUUCAACCUCGCCCUGCUCCAACGCUGUUUUCUUCUUCAAGAGAAAAACAAGUGAAUCUAUUAAAAAAUGUAUGGGCAGGUGCGCAGCGUUGUCCGUGAUAUUCUUCUGCCUUUCGCUGUUCCUUUCUUCUAUCCCCUUUCUGGGUCUGUGCUUUUGGGAUACCAGGACUUGUUUAUGAAAGUUCUAAUAUAGGGCUAGUACAUGGUGAGUUAAAAUAGCAAAGUCAUGUAUUAUUGAGGUAAGAAACUAAAGUUUCUAUGUUGCGGUUGAGGAUAUUUCUUCUGUUAGUGAGAUCGAGCUAUAUAAACUAUUUCGAAGUUCGAACUGUUUCUGUUA